CGCCGAGGCGCGUUUACACUGUAGCCAAUCAGCGUUGAGUUUACUUAUUGCUAAUUUUUCCCUGCCGAACUUUUCAAGGUAGAAUGCUCUCUCACGGGUCGUAAAUAAAGGGCUUUAUAAGCUGUUCACGCGGCAGUAGAUAAUCAUUUCAGUACACUUUAACUGAGAGAAAACAUGUCUGGACGUGGUAAAGGAGGAAAAGGACUUGGAAAGGGGGGCGCCAAGCGUCACAGGAAAGUCUUGAGAGAUAACAUCCAGGGUAUCACCAAGCCCGCCAUCCGUCGUCUUGCACGCAGAGGUGGAGUCAAACGUAUCUCCGGACUCAUCUACGAGGAGACCCGUGGUGUCCUGAAGGUGUUCCUUGAGAACGUCAUCCGUGACGCAGUCACAUACACAGAGCACGCCAAGAGGAAGACCGUCACAGCCAUGGACGUUGUCUACGCUCUGAAGAGACAGGGACGUACCCUCUACGGAUUCGGUGGUUAGACAACCAACCGCCUUUGUGCUACACGCACAGGACAACAAACGGCCGUUUUAACGGCCACCAAA